CUCCGCCGACCAGCAACGACAUGGCAUUGGCCUAUGGCCCUGAAGUGGACGAUGCAGUGACCAUGCUCAAAGACCAGAACGCCUCUGACAACUGGGCCCUCCUCAACUAUGACGGGACAACGUCGCCGCGGUUGGUGGUGACCGAGGUGGGCAAGGGCCUGCCUGCCCUGGCACGGGCUACCAAGGACUCGGUUGUUCAGUUUGGUCUGGUUCGGGGUGCUAUGGGCUACGGCAAGAUCAAUGUGGUGGUGUAUGUGGGGGAGAGGGCCGAUGCCCACAUGAAGGACUCGGCCUUUGCUCAUGCGUCUGAUGUGCUGGCUAAGAAGCUGGUCGGCUGCGAGGCAAACGUGCUCAUUGCUAAUGCCGACAGUGAUCUCCGCAACUGCUCCUACCUGAAUGCCAGGGAUCUGAGGGCCACAAAGUGGGGUGUUCGCCCCAUCAAGACUUGGUCAAGUUCGUCCACUGGUGGCGCGGCGGCCAGCUCUGCCGGUGGCAAGUGGGGCAAGCCGGCUCCGGGCGGGGCCAAGCCUGCACCUGGAGGGGCCAAGCCUGCGCCUGGCGGAGCCAAGCCUGCACCGGGCGGCUCCAAGUGGGGCAAGCCUGCGCCUGGCGGAGCCAAGCCUGCACCGGGCGGCUCCAAAUGGGGAAAGCCUGCGCCUGGCGGAGCCAAGCCUGCACCGGGCGGCUCCAAGUGGGGCAAGCCCGCGCCUGGCGGGGCCAAGCCUGCACCUGGCGGCCAAGCUGCACCGGGCGGAGCCAAGCCUGCACCGGGCGGCUCCAAAUGGGGCAAGCCUGCACCUGGCGGGGCCAAGCCUGGCGGCUCCAAGUGGGGUGCCAAGUCAGAGCCCGAGCCGAAGGAAGAGGUGCCGAUUGCGUCGGGCGGAGUGGCUGCGCGCGCAGCCAUGUUUGCCAACGCCGAGCCGGCAGCCAAGUCGAGCCCGCCGCCGGCCAAAAAGUGGGGCGGCUCUGCAGGUGGGGAGAAGAAGCCGGCGCCGGCGGCGUCCAAAUGGGGGGGCAGCCCGGGCGGCGCGAGCUCGGGUGGCGCCGGCGGCGCGGGGAAGCGCUCGUCGGUGGCGUCCAAGGCGGCCAUGUUCAAUCAGCCGGCGCAGGAGUCGACUCCGCCACCGGCGAAGAAGUGGGGCGGCUCUGGCGGCUCUGGCGGUUCGUCCGCGCCGGCCAAAAAGUGGGGCGCGCCUGCCGCCGAGGAGAAGAAGCCGGCACCGGCGGCGUCCAAGUGGGGCGCGCCUGCCGCCGAGGAGAAGAAGCCGGCACCGGCGGCGUCCAAGUGGGGCGCGCCUGCCGCCGAGGAGAAGAAGCCGGCACCGGCGGCGUCCAAGUGGGGUGCGCCUGCCGCCGAGGAGAAGCCGGCACCGGCGGCGUCCAAGUGGGGUGCACCGGCGGCGAAGAGCAAUGCACCACCGCCGCCGGCGGCUGCAUCGAAGUGGGGCGCGCCGGCAGCCGAAGAGAAGAAGGCGACUCCGCCGCCGCCGGCGUCGUCCGGCGGAUGGGGUGCACCUGCCAGCACGCCUGCAGACGACGGCGGUUGGGGCAACGACAAUGACGAUGGCGGAUGGGGCGACGAUGCUGCCGAUGACGGCGGAUGGGGUAAUGAUGCCGCAGACGACGGUGGGUGGGGAUCGACGCCCGCUGCGCCUGCGGCUACGCCCGCUCCACCGCCGCCGGCCGCUGCCUCUAUUUCUAUCCCGCCGCCGCCCGCGCUUGCUGACGACGGAUGGGGCGCCGAGCCUGCAGUCGCCGAUGACGGCGGAUGGGGCGCCGAGCCUGCAGUCGCCGAUGACGGCGGAUGGGGUGCCGAGCCUGCAGUCGCCGAUGACGGCGGAUGGGGCGCCGAGCCUGCGGUUGCCGCCGAGCCCGCGGCUGCCGUGCCAGCCGACUUCUAUGUCGCCACCGUGCUGUACGACUACGCUGCCGCAGAGUCGAAUGAGAUCAACCUCACCGCCGGCGAGGAGGUCUACGUCUACGAGUUUAUCGACGACGGUUGGUGGUCGGGCGAGAACAUUGCCGGUGAGGUUGGCAUGUUCCCCUCUAACUUUGUCGAGCUCCAUCAGUGAGCCAACAAAGCUGCCCAGUGAACACAAUCAAUGCACGACCGGCGUUACUAACUCCCGCCUUGACGGCUCGAGCGCCAACAGGCCCAUGACAGUAGCUCGCCACCGCAGCGGCAGCGCCGCGUACGGCAGGCCGGCCACGC